UCUCCCCCGCUCCAACUCACAACUCGCAGCGCAGCACACCUCUCCCUCCCACAGCUUCUACACAGAGAGCCGGCCAGAGCACUCCGUCCGUCGUCUGCGAAGCUCAGCCAGCUUUCCUUCCGCCCACCAGCACCAACCAAAUGGCUCGCUUCGCCGUGGUCGCCGCCAUCGUCGCCCUCCUGGCCAUCGCCGCCGCCGCGCAGGGUCCCAUGCCGGCGCCCAAGAUGGCCCCGCUGCCGGCGCCCCCGACGAGGUCGCCCCCGACCGCAUCCGCGCCGUCCCCGAUGGCCUCUCCCCCGGCCCCGCCCACCGACGCCCCCACCGGCGCUCCUUCCGCGAUGACGCCUUCCGCGGUCGCCGGAGCACCCGCGGGCGCACCUGCCGGCGCGCCCAGCGGCACCACCCCCGCCAGCUCCACCGUCUACGCCUCCUCCGUCAGCUUCGUCGCCGUCGCCGGUGCCGUCGCCGCCGCCGUCAUGUUCUAGAUGCAGCGGUCCUCGCUCGACCGCCGCGGGAGUGCCACUCUGUUUUCAUUAGUAGUACUGUUGUUUAUACAACGAGAUUCAUUUUUUAGAGGCUGCGGAGAGAGUGACAUGACAUGACAUUGCCAUGUUAUCUUGCUACAUACUGUAUGCUCGAGGUCAUUAUUAAUAGAAUUAUUUCAUUUGUUA